AUGUCAUCCCAAUACGCCCAUGAGCACCAGAUCGCGCUCCUGGCUGUUCAAAGAGCUACCGUAUUGACACAGGAAGUCUACAAUUCAACCUUCAAAGGCACAGUCUCGAAAUCUGACGCAUCGCCCGUCACCAUCGCCGACUUCGGUGCACAGGCUCUUAUUACCAGUGCAAUACUACACAACUUUCCUCAAGACACGAUCGUCGCCGAAGAAGAAGCAUCAAAGCUACGUGAACACGAGUCUCUGAGAAAUCAACUCUGGCACUGUGUUCAGAAUGUUCGGCUCGACGACGAGAUAGCCGAAGAGACACUAGGUGGGCCCGUAGCGACUAUAGAGAUACUGCUUGAUGCAAUUGAUCGGGGAAAAGGCCAAGGCGGGAAUACUGGCCGUGUAUGGGCGAUUGAUCCGGUUGAUGGGACAAAGGGGCUUUUACGUGGCGGGCAGUAUGCUAUUGCGUUGGCAUUGAUCGUUGAUGGGGAUGUGCAGGUUGGCGUGCUUGGAUGCCCGAAUCUGCCAGUCGAUGAUUCAGUCAGAUUGGAUGCCAAAAUCGGAUUUAAUCAGUCUGGUGGUGUAGGGAGUGGAGUGCUCAUUAGCGCCGAGAAGGGGCAGGGCGCCUCUAGUAGGCGGUUGACGAAGGGGAGACUGGCACCGGCGCAUCAGGUCGGCAUGAGGCCAGUACGAUAUGUUUCCAACGCUAUCCUUUGCGAAGCAGUGGAGCCGACCUUCUCGAAUCAUGCUCAACAAAAUGCCGUCGCUCGUGCCUUGGAAAUUACGAAAGUGGUUCGUCUGGAUUCUCAGGCGAAAUACGCAUCGUUAGCCCGCGGUGCUGCUGAUAUUUUACUCCGCCUCCCGGUGAGGAAAGACUAUGAAGAGAAUAUCUGGGAUCAUGCGGCUGGCGAUUUGAUUGUGAGGGAAGCCGGUGGCAUCAUCACUGACGUAUUCGGUAAACCGCUGAACUUUGGCGUCGGCAGAAAGCUUAAGGAGAAUUCCGGAUUUGUAUGCGCACCACAGGGUAUUCACGCAAAGGUCCUGGCCGCUGUUCAAGAUGUGCUGGCAAUCAGACCAUAG